AGACUUCGCACUUCGUCAAUCGGCCAGUCGGUAAGCGGAGCUGUGUCGAGCAGACGUGUGUGACCCAGGUUAUUUUCACAAUUCAAUUUCAAAUAAGACGUAUGUGUAACUUUACGUUCAAAAGAUAACAAACUCAAGGUCUACAUUGCAAAACGGAUUGUCGAAAGAUAAGACUUUCAAAAUGGCUGACAAAACGACAGAAGAACUAUCGAAAAUACUAGAACAUAUGAGAAAUUGGGUGAAUACCCAACCACAUUUGCCUAAAGAUAUAGAAGAUUGGCUUCUACUUCGAUUCGCACACAGCUGUUACUAUGAUCUGGAGAAGGCUAAGGUUGCUGCGGAUUUGUUCUUCACUUUACGAGCAGAGAGUAGUAACUUGCUCAAAGACAGAGACCCUCAAUCAACGCAGAUGCAGAAAAUAUUAAGCAUAAUAAACAUCGGUCAAUUAAAGUUACCCGGCAAGAAAAACAUUUGGAUUUAUCAAAUAAACGACCCGGGACUAGACAUAUAUGAAUAUAUACUUGAUGCCAAACUUUUCUUCACAUCGACAGACGCUUGGUUGCUUGAGAACGAUGAUUUAGAAGAGUCUGACACUGUAAUAAUGGACGUGAAGGAUAUAUCUUUGAAAUUUUUGACAAAAUUCAACGUAUCAAUCGCGAGAAAAUUAUCAAAGUAUCAAGAGGAAGCAAUACCAAUACGAUUGAAACAAGUUCACAUUGUCAACGCGCCACCGUUUAUUGACAAAAUCUACGGCCUCAUGAAGCCAUUCCUGAAGAAGGAAUUAACUGAAAUGAUUUAUUUUCACCCGCCAAACUCGGAGACUUUAUACAAACACGUGAGCAGAGACGAGUUGCCAGCUGAUUACGGGGGAACAUUCCCAAAAAUGGAGGAUCUCAAUAAAUCUGUUGUUCAACUCAUGAUGAAGCACAGGGAGCGUUUAAACGAAAAUCUUUGGGUAGCAACCGACAAGAAAUCAAAAAAUAAAGACAAAGUUCAGAUUGAAACUGCCUCAUUCCGAUCCCUUGCCAUAGAUUAAGUUUUAUAUUAAUUUAAUAGAUUUAAGAAAUUAUGUGACA